CUGGCCCACGGGCUUCCCCCGCCGCCUGAGGGCGUCCUUCCUUCUCAGGAGCCCUAGAUUGUGCAGCGUCUGCCAGCUCUGUUCUCUCAGGCCCUUGGUCACCUCAGGCAGCUUGGGGUUCCUUGUCGCGCCCUUAGCGGAGGGACCAAAGCCAAGAUGGAUGUUCAGACAUGGUAUUUGAAAACGUCCAAGCUGGCACUGGCCUUGGCGAUUAUCCACUCAAAGCCAGCAGACAGAAGCAGCAGACAGUAUGCAGAGCAACUGGCUGCCUUGGUGACCCAGCAGGAGUCCAAACAGAAGUCAAAAGUUGAAGCCUUAGAAGCAGAAGUCCUACAGUUACGUCAAAAACUAUUCCUGAGUAGGAUUUCCUCCGGGUUGUUUAAGAAUGGACACGAUGUGCUCCCCACGUUGUCAGAUCAGGACCCUACAAGUUCUGAAAACACAUUGACGUUGAUGGAUGACUCCGGAUGUGUCUUAUCUAAUGAGCAGAGAAGCGAACCUGCGGAAUUAUCCCAGCAUUUUGUGGAGAGCAGCAAUCCCCCACCCCUUCUCCUGCUGCCUCUUGAGAAAAAGCCAUGCGCUACCCUGGAAAACUCUCUGUCUUCUCACAUGCAGUUCUUCCAACAUCUGCUGGCGCUGAAGAGAUGGACAGAGCCCGGCCGUCUGACAGUGUACCUAACCCACUUUGAAAGAGACUCCUGCACAGUUUCGGAGUCGGCUUCACAGUUGCUAGAUGGUCUGAUCAUGUUUUACCGGAACCCCAAACUGCCCUUCUCAAGCUUUUGGACAGAGGCUGUUGGUACAUUAGCCCGACUGGCGAGUGACUUUCGUCUAUCAAAUCAUAUUUUUAAAAGAUGUUCUAAGAAGUUGGAAGAAUUUGAGAAAACUCUACUCCAGGCUAUUUUAGGGAACAACAGUAUAAACAGGUUCCAGGUGCAGCGCUAUGUCUCCCAGAGCCUAGUAACCCUAGGAAGCUGCAGCUUGUUGAGGAAGUCUAUUGUGUCGUUGCUACUAUCGGAAGUGAACAGCUUUGUGGACGACCUGGGAGCCAUCGAUCAGGAUCAAAGCAAUUAUGAUGUGACACGAUAUGAAAAUAUUUUCUCCCUGUUUUGGAUCCUGGAACAACUUCUUCAACAGGAAACCCAGGGAGAUCCCAUUCCACACAUCGACCCCAGCAGCCCGGAAAUUCAGAAAUUUCUUCAAAAGCAUGAUGAAACCAUCCUCAGACUUUCAGAUGCGUUUCCUUUACUUACAUUUUACUUAUGGAGACUGGGCGUUCUCUUGAACUCACCAGAGAUGGAAACUGUUAAGACUGAGUCAUUGCCUUAGCAGAUGAUCAUAUAUCAGAAAAUGGUGUGCUUCAGUGUUUUUCAAAAAAUGUUUUUAAAUGAAUAUUUUAAAUUGAUUAACCAACUAAUCAUUAAUUCAAUUUAGUUAUAAGUCUUCUGUAUCAGAGAUAAUGAGUCGCUGUUCUGUAUUGUAAUCAGGCAAUUCCGGUUGACAAUGCCCCCUUAUGUUCAUGUAUUAUAUCUUAUUUCACUCAAUAGUCUAGCUCUAUUCUCUAACAUGGCCCAUCUCAUAAAACACAAUAAAUUGCCAAUGAUUUCCAUCUGAUAUAAAUUUCAUUACAAGUUGUAAUGAAAUAAAGCUUAAACUUCUGUCCUUUAACACACGUAAAUUCAAGGUUUAAGUAAAUGGUAAAAAAUAAAAUUUAUUAUGUAGCUAUCCUGAAGUCAUUUUUCUCUUGAAGGAUAGCUUUGUAGGAAGAGGCUUUGAAAACCAGUGGCUUUUAAUUUUACUUAAUCAACAUGUUUGUAAAGUUAUUUGCAAAGUAUUAAUUAGUUCUUUAAAAUGUCCCUUUUUAAAACAAUUUUUCUGUUGAUUAAAAACAUUGUUGUUCCUAUGAUUGUUAAAAUUUAGUAAAGUUGUAUAUUACUAAGUCAUCAGGGAUGGUUUUAUAAAUUGUAAUAUUCUAUAAUAAAUACACUUUAUACUUACUAAAAGCACUGGGUUGAAUUUUUUCAUUACACAAUUUACUUCAUUUCUGUUAUUAAAAUUGCAACAGACAAGCUUAAUGAGAACACAUUUUUGUACUUUCCUGUGCAAUUUAAAGAAAAUAUAAUGUAAUUCUCUUUCCUUUGUUAAUUAUGUUUGAUUCUGUUUUAUAAGGUAAUUAUCAUUUUCAGAUGCCAUUAGUACUAGAAAAAUUAUCCUUGAUAAUUCUUUCUACAAUGUAUAUGAAAUUAUACCAUCUUCUAGGAUUAUUUUUGGAGUUUUUUUUUUUUUAACCAACACAUCCGUUACAAAAAAAUAUCUCUUCUCUCCUAGAAAUGGCUGCAUAAGCAAGACCUGAAAAUGGCACUACCAGUGGACAUAUUAACAUAGAAGAGAGAGAAUUAAUGGGGUCGCACUCCUAGAUAAAGGACUAAUGGCAACUAAUGCCUGCUUGGAGAGGGAGAAUUAGCCUGCCCCAGGGCUGAGGCCUUGUUUGAUACCCAGUACAGAGCGGUCAGCCCUGAGCCCUUACAAACAAACAAACCAGACUCAGCCAGUUAAACUUAUAUAUUUGUGAAUAUAUAUAAACACAUCUAUAUACAUAUGUAACCAUAACAGAGAAAAAAAGACUAUCAACCUGAUGGGGGAAACAUGGUGGAGGGUUGGUGUGAAGGUUACUGAGAAAGACUGCUAGGGGCAAAAGGAAGUGAUUUGGUUAUAUUUAAAAGUUAAUGCCAACUCAGAAUAUUUUUUUCAUUAAAAUCUUACUCUGAGAAAGGCAUGGGACUACAUUGGCAUUCCGAACACCCAGUGUAGUCAGUUACUGGCUAAUAAC